GAUAAACCCUUUGAUCUCCUCUCUCUCUCUCUCUCUCUCUCUCUCUCUCUCUCUCCAUCUUUUUCUCUUGCUGCUUCUCACCUUUGGACCGAAGCUUCGAACUUUGUCUACUACACAGAAACUCGCUGUUUCUGUCUGAGGAUUUUGCAGAUCAAAAUGUAGGGUUUGUUCAUUUUCCUCUGAGGAAAAGAUCACUGAAAUCUCUCACAAGCUUCACUUGGUAUGUUCUCUAUAGUCUAAUGUCGUUUACGAUUUUGGGAGUGAACCCAGUAAGAGAAACACGUUGAGAGUUCAAGAACAUGUAGAUUUAUUCGAUGGGUGUUCCUCUAAUUAAGUGAAAAUUUUAAAGAAUUCGCCAAAGGAGGGAGCUUUCUCUGAGAAAAAUCUCUGCUACCCCAUUGAAGAAUCUUCAAAGCUUGGAGCUUUUCUUAAAUGCGUGGUUCUUUUUGGCCUUAAGUUGAUACAUCUUCCGAUUUCGCAGUAAUAUUAUCUCGGAUUAGCGGAAAAAAGGAAACACCUUUGUGAGGAAAUUGUGGUUGUUGAAGAAAUGGGUUGCGCUGCUUCAAGCAUUGAUAAGGAAGAGAAGGUUUUGGUAUGUAAGGAGAGAAAGAGGCUGAUGAAACAGUUAUUAGGGUUCCGGGAAGAAUUCGCAGAUGCCCAAUUGGCUUAUCUGAGAGCAUUGAGGAACACUGGUGUUACUCUCAGGCAAUUCACAGAGUCGGAGUCAUUAGAGCUUGAAUCCACUAGCCAUGGAUUAGGUUUAGGUUUAGGUUUACCCUUUUCGCCUCCUCCCACUUUGCCUCCUUCCCCUCCACCUCCCCCUCCAUUCAGUCCAGAUUUAAGGAAACCCACCAAGAUUUGUCAGAAGAAUGAGGAGGAAGAGUGUAUGGAGACUGAUGAGAAUGAGGAUGACAGUGUCGCCAUUCUACCGCCUCCAAUCCCGAGCUCUUCCUGGAACUUCUGGGAUCCAUUUGAAUCAUUAGGACCUCCAAGUGAUAACAGUGUGGUUGAUCACAUUGGGCCAAAGUGUAGAGAAAUGGUUGAGCUAGAUGAUGAGGAAGAUUGGGCGGAGACCAAGACGGAGUUCGAGGAAGAUGAUGAUUAUGAUGAUGAGAGACAAGAAGCUUCCCCUGAUCUAAGAGUUCAACAAACAGAAGCCAUUGGUAUGGAAGAAAAUUCCUCAAUGACGAGCUUGUAUGGUCUAGAUUCAGACAAAAUGACUGUAGUAACUGACCGUAGGAUAAGAAUGACUCUGGAAGGAAUCAUCAGAGAGUUGGAUGAUUAUUUCCUGAAAGCUUCAGGUUGUGAGAAGGAGAUAGCUGUGAUUAUCGAUAUCAGCAGCACGGACAUUGCCGGUUCCCCCAGGUUUAAGGAAACAAAAAGAAAGAGGAGCAACUCCGCUAAGGUAUUCAGUGCAUUGUCAUGGAGCUGGUCCUCUAAGCCGCUUCAUGUGUCCAUGGAUGCUAUGGAGAGCAGCCCUGUUGAACCCUGCAGACCUGGAGCUCACUGCAACACACUUGAAAAGUUAUGCUUAACGGAGAAAAAACUUUACGAGAAUGUGAGGAACAAAGAAAUUGCUAAAGCGGAGCACGAGAGGAAAUCUGCGUUACUGAAAAAGCAGGAUGAGGAAAACUACGAUCACAGCAAGAUGGAGAAAACACGUUUUUCUCUCGAGAGUUUGGAAGAGGACAUAAAGCGUCUAGAAGAUUCCAUUAGUCUGACAAGUUUGUGUUUGCAGAAACUAAUCGAUGAAGAACUGCAUCCUCAGCUGAUUGCUUUAACUUCUGGAUUGGGACAUAUGUGGAAAACGAUGCACAAGUGUCAUCAAGUCCAAACCCAUAUAUCUCAGCUGCUAAACCAUCUCUCAGAUUACCCGAGUAUAGAUCUGAGUUCAGAAUACAAACGUCAAGCAGCUACUCAGCUUGAAAACGAGGUCACUUGCUGGUACAACAGCUUCUGCAAACUCGUAAAUUCUCAGCGGGAGUACGUAAAAACACUCUGUAAGUGGAUUCAACAUACUGAAAGCCCGUCUAGUUCUUCAGCCGCUGCUCGUAAGCUCUGUAUAGAAUGGCAGAUUCUGAUUGAGAACCUUCCUGAUAAGGUAGCUUCAGAGGCCGUUAAAAGCUUUAUGGUAUCGAUCCAAUCCAUAAUUCAUCAACAAGCAGAGGAAUACAACCUGAAGAAGAAAUGCGGGAAACUUGAGAAGAGGCUGGAGAAAGAGAUGAACUUGCUAGUUGAGAUGGAAAGAAAGCUUGAAGGGAAUUCAGCAAUGGAAGAGGCAGAUGCAUCAGACUCGAGGAAUUCGAGCUCUAAGCAUCCGUUAUCGGUCAAACGGGUCAAGAUCGAGGCUUUGAAGAAACGAAUGGAAACAGAGAAAGGAAAGUACAUGAGCUCGGUCGAGGUAAGCAAUAGAAUGACAAUGGAGAAUCUGAAAUCAUGCCUUCCUAGUGUUUUUCAGGCAUUAACGGCUUUCUCGAGUGCCAUUUCUCGGGGUUUUGAGGGUGAAUCUCAACCUGAGGGAUCAUCUCUUUUGCCCGAGGCUUGAGAAAAACGGCGUCGGUUUUUGCUUCUUGAUGUUGUUUACACUCUGGUAAAGAAGAUUAUGAAGCUUGUAUGUAACUCUGAACUGUUUAAAGCCAUUUCUCAGUGUUUGAGAUCAACCCUUUUAAUGUAGAAGGUGCUGUUUUCCUGAUCAUUAUGCAAAGGGAAUCUUCAAGAAUC